AUGCAAUCAAUGCAUCUCGUUGCCUCAUCAAGGGAUUUUGGUGAUCAACAGUCUGCUGUGUCGGAUGGUCACAGUGCCACAUCAAGUACCACACAUCAUACAACAAAUUCAACAUGGGUUAAGAUACAAUCCUCAAUAGCAACCUUAACAGUUGCACUGCAGGAUAAAAAGAGAAAGACCUCUUGGAAAUACUUUGCUCUCAUAGUAAUAAUGAAUAUUUACCUCAUGUGGACAUCUAUUUUUCUCCCAACUCUAGGUUCUGCAUAUAAUUGGGGAGAAUAUGGUGAUUGGGUCUUCAAGGUAGCAAACUAUCCAAUUACGUUCUCACUAGACUUGAUACCAUACAUAGCCAUGGUAGUACUGGAAAUUGUUUCAAUAGUAUACGUGCUGUUGUAUCUGACUACAUCAUACCUAGCAUUUCAAGCAGUCAAUAAUUCAUCCAAACAAUCUGUAAGGAUAAAGAGAAUGUCCAUCAUUCUAAGCUGGCUGACAGUUUUCCUAACACCAGUCAUGUCCUUCAUCUUUACCAGCUUUAUUGAUUGUAACCUAUCCUCAUUGGUAACAAUAAGUGGAUAUGAUGAACAGAAGUACACUCUUCAAAGAUUUCCAACACAGGCAUGUUAUUCAGUGGAGAAUAUUGCAUUCAUAGUAAUAGGAUUUGUGGGGCACUUUCUACUGGUAGGGUCGGUGUUUUAUGCACAUUUGGCCAUUGCCAACAUGCAUCCUCACAACAUGGCACCACUAAGAAUGGAAUCAAGUUUUUCCAUCUCUUGCUUGAUGUCAUUUAAUAGCUUUGAACUUUUGUGCAUGUAUGUGAUACCACCUCAAUAUGCAUACAUCAGAUCCAUAACUCAUCUUAUUAUUUCCAUAGGUUGGAUUAUUAUCUUCUUUAAUCAACUUCCAUUCUUCAAGAGAGUUGAAAAUUCAAUCUAUUUGGGUGUUGGAGGAGCAAAGAUUGGAGCAUCAACAGGUUCCCUCAUUUCAGCAGCUGCUAAUUCGACAAAUAGUUGGCCAUUUGGAUUAGGAAUGAUGGGUAUGACUCUAGCCCUUAUAACAAUUGGAUUUUUGGUUGGAUUGAUUGUGGGAGAAUUAUAUACAAGGAUUGUUUUGAGAAUGGUUGAAAAGCUCAUUCACAAUAUUAUUCUGGAAAAGCAAAGCUCAGAGACUGUAAAUAUAUCACUGGAUAGAGCUAUUGAGAGGGAUGCCCUCACAAUCUACCAAGAAAUGGAUGAGAGCAACCUGCUGCGUCAGUUAGGCCUGUUUUUAAGAUUUUCAAUUGUUAACACCAAGACCAAUUCUAUCAAUCCAGAAAUUAAUAUGCCUCUCUCCUUUGUUAAAGGCAUUGCAAAUCAGAAAUCCUUCUCAGAGAGUGGUCUCUUGAUUAGUUCCGCUCUUAUAAUUGCCUACGAUUGGAAUGAUGAAAAUUCAUUAAUAUUUGCAACCUUAUUAUUGAAAAAGGCUGCCAAACAUGCUAAUAUUCUUCAAAAGGUGGUUGUUUCGGAGAGAAUUACAGAAAUUGAAAUUGAUGCGACAGAAUCAAAGAAUGGAAAGAAUAUGGUUGAAGUAAAGCACAUUCUUGAAAGAAUGACUAGAUAUCAGGAGGAGUUAAAGGCUCUCCAUAGAUUAUUUUGGAAAGAGUUAAUGAAUGAAAUUCCAAACAUGCAAAAAGUCGAACAAACCAAUAGAAGAAUAGCCUACCUCACUGAUAUCUGUCAUGUAACCUACUUGAAUGUCAUGUCAAACUAUAGUAAGGAAAAGACUGUAUUGAGAUCGUAUGCCUCAUUCCUUGAUGCCUAUCUAUUUGAUAAGGAACUUGCCCAGGAAUUAUUCCAAGAAGCAACUAGUAUUGAAGAGGAUGAAUCAAAUAAGAGAAACCGAUCUAAAAAUCACUAUCUCAGAAAUGUAUCAAAAUUCAAGUUUCUUAGUAAGGGGAGUAUUCACCCUUCACAUAUCGGUGAUGACUUUGUAAGAAAUAGCUUUGAUUCUGCCGGCAAUAGGGAUAUAGACAUGGAGAAGGAUGAUGGUAUGUCCUUUAGUGGUAUUGAAGGAAAAGAAGUUUCCAAGAAGGAAACUAUUUUCAAAUCGGCUCUCAGAGUGCCUCCCUCACACAAAUUUCAAAUGUUCUCUCUAUAUAUUGUCAUUUUCCUCUCUCUGUUGGCUACUGUUGUAGGAUCGGUUCUUGCCUACUUCCUCUCGUUCAAUAUUGCUGGUGAAAUACCAAUGCAGUUCGAUACUUGUAGAAGUACCAUGUCAACCGCUGGUAUUUUACGUCAACUAAGAAUGCAUCAAUCCUCUUUACAAGUUUACAAUUCUAGUUACAAAACCACUUCGACACUUGAUAUGUUUCACAAUGACUUUAUGGAUAAUCAUGAUAUCAGACUGGAGAAUUACAUCAACAUGUUGAAGAGAAUACCUUACUAUGCUCAAGCUGCACUCUAUACACCAGCCAUGUACGAAUUCUACACCAAGGAUAAUAUUUCCGUGGUGGUACCAUUCAUUCCAGAAACAUCAACUGUACAAAAUUUCAUUUCAAGCUUUAAGAGAAAUGCCUCAAUGGAAGAAAUUAACAAUAUCAUUAUUAGAAUCUCUGAGAAUAUUCUUAAUAAUUGGCAAGACAAAGAUUACAAUACUCCACUUUCUAACUUCGAAUUCAUGUACAUGUGGCAAAAUAAGAUUCCUUUAGGAGGUUUCUACACUACCUUUUGUGAAAGUUUGAUUAAUGCCAACUAUAGUGAUAGUAGUUCAAAACUUCAAGCCAUGAUGAUUUGUUUGCUGAGUAUUUGCUUUACCUAUUUUGCUCUCUUCGUUGUAUUUUGUGGGCUGUCAAGAUUGGAACUUACUUCCACUGAGAGAAUUCUCAAACUCUAUGAAAAAGUUUUAAAUAAGAACGUCAUUGGUAAGGCCUAUCAUGAUUUGGGAAGCAAUGAUGAUGCAACUAUCCACCUCUCAAAGAAUAUCUUUCUCAUUCCAAAGAAUUUCAUCCCACUAUUCGGAUUUGUUUGUGUUGUUCUAGUAUUUUUGAGUUUUGGUAUGAUGUACUAUGAAACCAGUGUCAAUGUUAACAAUACUCAUGUUUCUGGCUCAGCCAUCAAGGAUGGUACUGCACUUAUCAGAGUUGUUCACAGAAUGGUCUAUAGAGUGAGUGAAUACUUUACCUAUUUCAGUUUGCCUUCAGGUCUUCCAAAUAAUGAUCCACUAUUAACCACUCAGACAGAAUUGAUUGGUUAUAGAGCUAACGUAAAGGCAUAUCUUACUGAAUUGAACAACCGAUUCAAUAUGCUUGUCUAUGGUUAUGGUGGUAAACAAGAAGUUGUUGGAACCUAUGAAAAAGUAGAUCAACUUUUGAAAGGAGUUGCAAAUUGCUCUCAUUCUUACCCAAAUGCGACAUUCAUUGAAGAGUUCCAACACUGCUACGGUAUUGAGAAGAUGAUUUCCAUAUUUGCCUCUGAUACAGCUCAAUUGAACGAAAGAUUUUGGAAUGCUGGAUUCUACAAUCGAACCAUUGAGGCCUAUACUCUGUUGUUCAAGCUCUUUGCUAUGGGUGAUAAACUCUCAGACCAGAUGAACAUAUUCAUGACAACAUUUGUCCAAUAUGCCUCCACACCAAGUGUAACUAUUAUUUCAGUCUUUACCAUAUUUAGUCUACUUUCCUUACUAUUGCUCAAUUAUCAAUUGUACUUAUCAAUGGUGUCUCACUUUAGCCACGUUCAAUCUUUAAGAUCAAUGCUAAAUUAUAUCCCUCUCAAUAUUCUUGAUAGUAAUGAGCAUUUGAGAAACUUUAUCUUGUAUAAUUCUGUACCAAAUGGAUUGGUUGAACUCUUCCAAAGAAAGAACAAGAAACAAAAUAGUGGCGACUCAUCUAAUGUGAGAAGUAUUCUUAAUGCCUCUGUAGAUGGUUCCAUCUUGUGUAAUGAAUCUGGUUUGAUUGACUUGAUAAAUCCUGCAGCCCAAAGAAUGUUUGGUUAUAAACAAUCUGAUAUUGUAGGUGCUCAAGUAUUCACAAUGUUCGAAAAGAAGGAUAGAGAAUUACUGGAAAAGACUGUUGCCGAUCUCAAAGCACAAGCCAAAGGAAAUGGAGAAGCCAAUGCUGGUGAGUCCUUAGAAUUGGAAUGUGUAAGAAGAAAUCAAACAACCUUUCCAUCCUCUGUGAACAUCUUUGUGGCUCUCUUUGAUGGUAUUCCAGUUUUGGCAUUCAUCAUUAAGGAUGUAACACAAGAAAAGAAGCACAAUGCAUUAUUGGCUGAAGAAAAAUCCAAAUCCGAACAUUUGUUGAGAAACAUCUUACCUGAAGCUGUUGCAGCCAAGUUGAAAGCAGGAGAGACAUUCAUUGCCGAAAAGUUUGGAGACAUUACAUGUUUCUUCUCCGACAUGGUGGGAUUUACAAGUUUGAGUUCAGAUAUGAAUCCUACUGAACUGGUAGGCAUGUUGAAUAAUAUUGUUAAUGGAUUUGAUGCCUUGACUGAUAAAUAUCAUUUGGAGAAGAUUAAGACCAUUGGUGACGCAUAUUUUGCUGUUGGUGGACUGCACGCAAAUGCUACUUCUGACCAUCCGGAAAGAACUCUUCGAUUUGCAAUAGACACUUUCACUGUUAUUCAUGAUUACAAUAUUACAGCCAUGAACCCAAUUUCUAAACAAAUUAAUAUUCGUAUUGGUCUCAAUACUGGUGGUGUGAUUGCUGGUGUCAUUGGUACGAAGAAAUUUGCCUAUGAUUUGUGGGGAGAUACCAUUAAUACAGCCUCUAGAAUGGAAUCUACUUCAAAACCAGGUCGUAUUCAAGUCAGUCGAUCCACCUAUGAAAGAGUUUACGAUUUAGGAUUUGAUUUUGAAGAAAGAAAAGUAGAAGUGAAAGGAAAGGGAUUAUGCAAUACCUAUCUACUCAAUUCAAGACAUCACACGAAUGCAGUGAUUGAAAAUGAUGAACCAUCAAAUAUACAAAUAUUAGAAUUUAAAUCUCAUGAAUCCCAUGAUCACUAUCAAUCAAAAGUAAAAACAGCCCACUCCAUAGCUACAAUUGAAGAAAUCAAGACAAAACCUCCAACACCAACUACAGAAGAUUUGAAAAGAGCUUCAUCAGUACAACAAAUGUAA